UUGUAUUUGGCUUAAAGGAGACGUAACAAAGCGCACAAAAUGGAUGUGCUCCAGGCCAGGUCGAAUAAGUAGGUUUUGCUAUAGCUUUAAGAACGCGAAAAUAGUGUCUGCUUCUUUAAAACGAUAGCGUUUAUUAAUGAAUAGAUAAUUAAAAAAAGUUUUCAAUUUAUAAUCAAUAAAUUAGUGUGUAUAAUUUGCGACGAAUCCAACGCAUCCACAGAAAAUGUUCCACUGUUGGAUAAAGGCCUCUUGCAAUCUAAACGUAUUUAAACCAGAUGGGGCAAGAUUUUCGUCAACUUGCAAGUAAACCUGCAUGACCUUGAGAUCAGCUGAAGUGAUCACACUGUGAUGGAACCGUCUGGUGACCGAACCGGGGACGUAAUUAACGAGAAAGAGCCUGCGGAGGACAAGGCCGCAGAAGAAGCCCCGGCCAACAGUAGUCUCGUCACCCCGCGGAGGGGGCUCAGAGAGCGCGCUGCGGGCCGUCCGAGGUCCGGUGUCUUCGCGUCACUCACAGACAUAAACGGAUCUGCGCUGAGCUCGCAAACCUCAGGACGAGUUUUAAGAGACCGGUCAACGAGGGCAGUGCCAGCCUGGCUGAAGGACACCAAGAGCGACGACGAAGACGAACCGAGCCCGCCGGACGUAAGUGUGUCAAGGCGGAGGAAAGUUCCCAACUCCAGGCGGCGGAGAAACUCCGAAUCUGCGGGUUCAGCGGAGCCUGGCGCCGGUGACAGCGUCCAAACUCUCGACUCAGAGGAGCCAAAAGGUUCAGCCACAGAUGCUCAAGUCCCUCCCUCCAUCCGCCCAGGAGCACAGAGCCAUGCCACUUUCAAGGCCUCCCGGUGUUCCGUGAAGACAUUGUGCAAGACUGAGCCUGGACUGGAGAAUCCAGCUGGUGAACAUCCUGUUGACGAGGAAGGAGAAGUGAAGGAUGACGGGGACCACGAAAUCAAUAAGAAAGAGGAUAACUGUGAUGUAAGUGAAGGUGUUGAUGAUACGAUCCUUGAUGAGGAAGACCCCCAAUUUCAGGAUGACCCAGGUGACCUGAGCUUCCAUAGUCGGAGUGGAGCAGAGGAGGAAGCAGGCCUAAGCAGUGAUGAUGUUCCAUACAGAGAUGAUUUAAAUGAUCAGAGUUAUGACCCCAAGGAAGAAAGGGAUGCCCCUAAAGCAAAGCGCAGGGCACCUCCAAGGCAGAGGGACAAAAAAGAGAAACCACCAAAAACAGAUGGUGAAGUUGCUGAAAUAAAGACUGAAGGAACAGAUGAGGCAGAGGGAUUUGAAGAAGAGAUCAAGAUGGAAGAGGAAAUGAGUGAAGACCCAGAUGGGCCCAGGAAGAGAGGUAGACGAAAAAAGGAUGACAAAACUCCACGACUGCCAAAGAGAAGGAAGAAGCCCCCGGUGCAGUACGUGCGCUGUGAGAUGGAAGGUUGUGGCACAGUCCUGGCUCAUCCCCGCUACCUACAGCACCAUAUAAAGUACCAGCACUUGCUGAAGAAGAAGUAUGUGUGUCCGCACCCAUCCUGUGGGAGACUUUUCCGUCUACAGAAGCAGCUGUUGCGUCACGCAAAACACCACACUGACCAGAGGGACUACAUCUGUGAAUUCUGUGCACGUGCCUUCAAGAGCUCCCACAACCUGGCUGUCCACCGCAUGAUCCACACGGGAGAGAAGCCCCUCCAGUGUGAAAUCUGCGGCUUCACCUGUCGUCAAAAGGCGUCACUCAACUGGCACAUGAAGAAGCACGACGCUGAUGCCACUUAUCAGUUCUCCUGCUCCAUUUGUGGUAAGAAGUUUGAGAAGAAGGACUGCGUGGUGGCCCACAAGGCCAAAAGUCACCCAGAGGUGCUAAUUGCUGAGGCACUGGCAGCCAAUGCCGGUGCGCUCAUUACAACCCCCACCUCCCUGCUGGAACUGCACGGAAACCCCAUGCAAGCAGAUGUCACCGGCCUGGAGGUGAGCCAAGUGGGGCAGGAUGGGCAGGUGGAACAGUUGAGCCAGGAAGGCCAGCAAGCAGCUCAGGUGUCCCAGAUGGGUCAUGCAGCCCAACAAGUGAGUCAUCAGGUGGUGCUGUUAGGACAAGAUCAAAGCCUCCACACCAUGCCAGUGACGAUAGCUUUGUCCCCCAUCGACCCUCCUUCACCUGCUGAAAACCAGCAGAGUCACCUUCAUCUCCAGAUGCCCGUCCAGUUUGUGCAACCCACUCAGCAGUCACAACAGCCUCAAAUCCAACAACUGGACUUGCAUUCCAGCUCCAUGGUGACCCAGCACCAAUCCCAGCUUCCACUCAUUCAGUCCUAUUCUUCCCAGCAGCAGAGCCAGGGGCAGACGCAAAUCCUGCAGAUGACCUUCCAGCCCGUCAGUCAGCCCCAAACCCAUAUCCAGCAAAUGCCCAUUAUGGGAACAUCUCAACAACUUCAGAUGCUGCAGACAGCCGCCCCGAGCCCUCCUCUUCUGUCCCCAUCACAACUGCAACCCCAACCCCAGGGUCGAGUCUCCACUAACGGGGACAGCUUUAUUCUGGACACGCCGGUGCUCUCCUCUUCUCCUCCAUCAGCCAGUUCUCUUCAGCAGCCAGAAGCUGUGGGAGUAGACGGCGUGAUCUGGGAGCAGGCAAGACGAGGGGAGGUUCUGUCUGACAGCGGUGAGAGACAUUAGCAAAAGGCACUUAUGUAAAAAGCAGAGCAGAGAAAGCCGUUGUCACUGAUAUAAUAUUCUAUCAUGAAAUGUUUGAAGUAAACGUAAGCUCACCAAUAUAUUAUAUACUGUUCACUCAUAGUCACAUUUGUUAGCUUUUUAGAGUAUAUAUCAGGGAAUGAAUUGUGUCUGUACUUGUAAGUUGUCAACUUUGUAAAUAAGUGCUGUAAACUUGUCUUUUAUGAGAGUGUUUGGUGCUGAAGUGUAUUCUAGGAGGAUGUGUUGCCCUAUUGCAAAGUUAUUCCUGUAAUGCAAUAAUAUGGUACACAUCUAAAUACAGCACAUCAAAUACAGAGUUUGUGGCAUGGUCAGGGUUUU